AUGCGGACGUUCGUGUUCAAGGGGAUCUUCAGGUCGGUCAAGGACGAGAUCCUCGACCCCUGGAGGCAGCAGGGCGCCCACGUCGACGUCUUCGCGGACAUUUUCGCGGACUUCGGGCAGUGGCGCAGCACGGAGCGGCAGCUCGAGGACCUCCAGCUCGCGUACGCCCUCCUACGCCCUCGCGGCGUCGCCCCGCAAGGCCCCGUCUACGGCAUGGGCCACUGCCGCAACUCGUGGGAGGGCCACGACCCCGACACGCUCCCGGACGACGUCUUCAAGUUCACGUACGACUGCAUCAUGACCGAGGACGGGCGGCCCACGCACCGCGCACACGCCAUGGUGGUGCAAUUCCUGCGCAUGCAGCGCACGUGGCGGAUGCUCGAGGUCGCGGAGCAGCACGACGGCGCGCCGUACGACCUCGUCGUGCGGCUCCGCCCCGACAUGCGCCCCGUCGACUGGCCGUCUCUCGCGGAGGUUGCGCGGAUGCUCCGGCGACGUAGGCAGUGGGUCGUAGAGGACGGAGUCGGCGGGGCGAGCUGGCGGGGGGGCGCGGAGGAGGAGGAGGACGGCGGCGAGGCGUGCAUCGUGCGGGAAAUGUACCCGGAGCUGCGGCUGUGUGCGGAUACGUUCGGUAUCUGUACGCGGGGGGGGGGGGGCGCGUUCGCGGACUCGGUGGCGGCGGAGAUGACGAGCGGGCGGUGGACGGACCAGGCGCGGCACCCGCCGUGCGUGCGCGGGCCGCACAUCGUCGGGGGGAAGCCGGCGCCGGCGGACCCGUUCAGUCCCGAGUGUUUGGUGUAUUCGACACUCGAGAAUGAAGGAGUGGCGCUGCGGAAGUUAGAUAGGGAGGCCGCGCGGUGGGUGCGGCCGUGCGGGGACGGCAUCUUCGGCGGGUACGACUGCGGGCUGAGCGACGCCAAGAUCGUGGAGAUGGCGGGGGAGUUUGGGGUGGAGUUAAAGCCGAGCGGGGGGGGGGUGUGA